CAAUUGCAUUGUCAAGGCGUUUUUAUAUAAAAUUUUGCUACUUGCGAAUAACGCCCACCUGUUUAAAAAACGUAAUCCUUUCACAAUGCUCGUGAAAGUGACGCAUCGGGUAUUUCAAAAUAAACAGAUAAAAGCAUUUAAAGAACACGUGUAUAAGUUUAGCCUGUCUUACAAGCACACGUACUAUUUUACACUUUGGGAGCAAGUUUUUCGUUUAAGUACACGAAAAUAUCAACAUGUCAGAUCAGAAGCCCACUACAGCUGACCCAAAUCAAGUCAAUAUGCAGAUGCCAUAUGGACAGCCACAGGGUUAUGGAAUGCAGCCAGGUUAUGGAGCACCUCCACAGCAAGGAUACGGAGGACCUCCACAGCAAGGAUAUGGAGCACCACCACAGGGAUACAGAGCACCUCAACAAGGAUAUGGAGCUCCUCCUCAAGGAUAUGCCCCAGGCUUUGGGCCACCUCCAGGUAUGGCUCCUCAACAGCAGUGGGCAGCCAGACCUGAUGCCAUUCCAGGCUGUCCUCCAGGUUUAGAAUAUCUGACCACAUUAGAUCAGAUGCUGGUCAAACAACAGGUUGAACUUAUGGAAUUAAUCACAGGCUGGGAAACCUCCAACAAAUACAAAGUGUUGAAUAGUAUGGGACAACAGAUUUACUUUGCAGCAGAAGAGUCUGAUAUGUGUAUGAGACAGUGUUGUGGGCCACAGAGAGGUUUUACAAUACACAUUACAGAUAAUUUAGGACAGGAAUUGAUCCAGGUAAAAAGAGAAUUUAAAUGUUGCGCAGGAUGUUGUUGGUGUGCUAGCGCUGAUUCUAUUGCACACGAAAUAUCGAUAGAGGCGCCACCUGGACAAGUUGUCGGUUAUGUCAGACAAGAGCAGAGUUGCUGGGAACCUAACUACACAAUCAGAGAUGCUAACCAUGAACCCAUUCUAAGAAUGAAAGGACCAUGUUGUAUCAUACAGGGACCAUGUUGUCCCCAGGACCAAGAGUUUAUAAUCUCAUCAGAAGAUGGGGCCCAUGAGGUUGGUAAGAUCAGUAAACAAUGGACUGGACUAAUGAGAGAGGCCUUUACAGACGCUGACAACUUUGGAGUAUCUUUUCCUAAAGAUCUGGAUGUUAAAGUCAAAGCUACACUUCUAGGAGCAGUUUUCUUAAUUGAUUUCAUGUUCUUUGAGCAAAAACAGAACAAUAAUAACAGAUAAGAACUUUACGGUAAAGAAGUAACCAGAACCAUAAAGAACAUUCCCUGUGUUUAAGUUUUGACCAAUCAUUUUAUAUUUAAAAAAAGACGCUGUAACAAAAUACCAUUAAGCUAGUUGCUAUGUAGUUAAGUUACUUUGUUUCUAAAAUCUCUUGGAAACCUGUUACAUAAUUUAAAUGUGAUUUUAGAGUGAGUGUAUAUGGCAUUUAUUUUAAUUUGAUAAUGCAUUAUUUAAUCUUAAUUGAUUUUAACUAAUUAGUAACAAGAUAGAAAAGUUUCAUCAUUAUUCAUUUAAAAAUUUAUGAAACACUCAUUCUGAUUUUUGAAAUUGAUCUUUGAAAUUUCACACAACUUUGUUUAAAGCUUUUGAUACAUUGGAAGUAUUUUAAAUUCUGGAAUUGAGUCAUAAUACUGAAUUACAAAAGAACAUUUUUCAAAAAUCAAUAAUGAAAUAAUCCUGUAAUUUCUGGCUCAUUACUGUACAAGCAGUCAGAUUUAGCCAGAGUAGGCAAUUCAAAUUGUAGUAUGAAAUAGCUUAGGAACAAAAAAUGUUAUGUCCGCAACUACGCACAUUUUGCAUGUCUGCAAUUCCUCAAAUUACAAAUGUGAUUUCAUUAUUUUAUUAUUAUGAAACUUUUAAUGUUUGUAAAUGUUAUUGUCAUUUAAACUUGUUAUAAUUUAAUUCCAUUUUACUAUUUAAAAAAAUUAGAUAUAUACAAUAGGCAUUAGUUUUUCUAAAAACAUGUGAUAUAGGAUUGUAUAAGAAAGAUAUUAGGAAGAUGUUAUCAUGAUUAUGUUAGAAAGAUGUAAUCAUGAUUAUGUUAGAAAGAUGUAAUCAUGAUUAUGUUAGAAAGAUGAAAUCAUUAUUAUGUUAGAAAGAUGUUAUCAUGAUUAUGUUAGAGAGAUGUAAUCAUGGUUAUGUUAAAUGUAAUCAUGAUUAUGUUAGAAAGAUGUUAUCAUGAUUAUGUUAGAAAAAUGUAAUCAUGAUUAUGUCAGAAAGAUGAAAUCAUGAUUAUGUUAGAAAGAUGUAAUCAUGAUUAUGUUAGAAAGAUGUAAUCAUGAUUAUGUUAGAAAGAUGAAAUCAUUAUUAUGUUAGAAAGAUGUUAUCAUGAUUAUGUUAGAGAGAUGUAAUCAUGGUUAUGUUAAAUGUAAUCAUGAUUAUGUUAGAAAGAUGUUAUCAUGAUUAUGUUAGAAAAAUGUAAUCAUGAUUAUGUCAGAAAGAUGAAAUCAUGAUUAUGUUAGAAAGAUGUUAUCAUGAUUAUAUUAGAAAGAUGUCAUCAAGGUUACAAUAGAAAGAUGAUAUGCUUAUUUGAAUUGGUCAUUUCCUUUUUUUAAUGGUUGUAUUUUCUGACCAUAGUGCCUUAUGAUUGAAGUAAAAAAUCAUUUAUUUUUUAAAUUGUAAUAAAAAGUUAUUCCCAGUGAAGUAUUAUCUGUAUAGUUUUAUUGUAGGUGGUGAUUUUUCUAGAUCUCAUUUAAGCAUUGGAUUCUUGGAA